AUGCGAAGCCCCAUCCUGGACGUUGGAUCUCCUCGAGCACUGGCUCUCGUUAAGGAUCAUAUCGAUGAGUGUGUUUAUGGACACGAACGCUGCAUCGCUCUCUCAGUAUUUCCGGAUCCCUUCCUCCCCACACGUCUCAUUGACUGCACCGACAUCAAUCAUCCGCGCCUAGUCACAACCAGUGGGCGCCGCGGUAAAUAUCUCACACUCAGCUACGUCUGGGGUGGCGACCAAGUCCACAAAACCACCACAACCAACAUAUCCACAUACUCCCGCCGCAUCGACCCCUUCCUCCUUCCCGCGACCAUUCGCGAUGCGAUUUACGUCACACAAACACUCGGAUUUCAGUUCCUCUGGAUCGACAGCCUGUGUAUCAUCCAAGACUCCGAUGAAGACAAGUUGCACGAGCUCGGACACAUGCACGACAUAUACCGCUAUGCUCACCUGACUAUUAUAGCCGCCAGCGCG